CAAUCAAUGACAUCCUCGUAGUAUUUUUCGGAGGACACACUCAGAUAGAAAUUGAAUGCGGAAGAUACGUCAAGGAGUUUGUUUUGAGUAGUAGUUCACAAUCAAGAGAUAUAAGCAUAUUCUUGGAAGCAAUUUACCAACCCUCAACUCUUUCAUAACACUCCGAAGUUACAACAGGAUUCACAAUUUGAAUACCCGCAAUAUCAGCUAUAGCCUCCAUUCUCCGAGGGGUUACUUUGGCGGAUUCGUGUAGUACUUUUCAGUGACAACGUUAUUCGGCAGACGGGUCCCCUUAGACAGAGAGGGGCUAAAGACAGUGGUCAAAGUUAGGUUUCCGAGUGUCAAGGGGCAAUCAGAUGACCCCCAGCAUGGACCCAUCAUCUCCAAUAAGACGAAGGGCGUGGCUACUUGACCCUAAGUUAUCCAUCGUCCUACUUCUUAGCUUUCUCAAGAUAUCCCAAGUGCACUGUACUGCUACGUUCUCGUUGAAGCUUGUCAGCUAUGCUAACGCAGCAAACCGUGAGUUAGAUGGAGAUUGCUGUGAUACAAUAUGGGUUUGCCACAUUGAUAAGUGUGAUCCAAGGUUUAAUGUCUGCUUUCAUAGAAUCAGCGGUUCAAACAGCAUGACAGCGUGUGAUCAUGGCCGAAUUGAGACUAGGCUUAUCAAAGACAACGGACAAUCAUUCUCCUUUCCUGCUGUUCUCCCAUCAAACAUUGCGAACCCUAUUCGACGCCAAAUUCCAACUUGGACGGGUGGAAUUCGAGUGAAGGUAGAAGUAUGGGAUGUAGAUCCGAAUGCAGAUGAUAAGAUUGAUUUCUACGCAGUGAAUAUCAAUCUACCCGCGGCACGUAACGAGGCUGCUGCUACAGCAAGAAGAUACACACUCUCAAGUAGGCGAGGGUAUUCAACGACCAUCAUUGAGGCAAAAGUUUUCUGCGACCCUCAUUUCUACGGCAGUAACUGCCGGACCUAUUGCCAGCCCACCAACUCUGACAGCGGACACUACUCCUGCAAUCCACAAGGACAGAAAAUAUGUCAUCCAGGAUAUGCGGGUUAUAACUGCAUCAAUGAGAUUGACGAGUGCGAGUCAGGGCCCUGUCAACAUGGUGGAACGUGCUCGGACAUCAUGAACGGCUACACAUGCGAGUGUAUAGAAGGAAUAUCAGGCUCAAAUUGUGAGGUCGACAUCGACGAGUGUUCAAGCUCACCAUGUCUCAACGGUGGAUCUUGUGAACAUUAUGUUGGAAACUAUUCCUGUUCCUGUUCAGCAGGCUUCGUGGGACGUAACUGCGAGAUGAACGCCAAUGAAUGCUCCUCCAACCCUUGUAACAAUGGAGGUACCUGUCACGAUGAACUGAACGGGUUUAGCUGUGCGUGCGCAAGUGGUUUUGAAGGAACCACCUGUGAGACCAAUACAGAUGAGUGUGUCAGUAACCCGUGCAAAUUGGAUCAUACAUGUAUAGACGGAGUUGAUGGAUACGCGUGUGAAUGUUCUCCAGGUUAUGAAGGAAUUCAGUGUGAGGUAGAGAUCAACGAAUGUAACAGUGGACCUUGUUUGAAUAAUGGUUCGUGUAUUGAUGCUGUAAAUGGGUAUACAUGCCUUUGUGUUAACGGCUAUAAUGGAUCGGCAUGUGAGAUUGAUGUCAAUGAAUGCGAGAGCAUCCCUUGCCAGAAUAACGGAACCUGUUCCGAUUCCAUCAAUGGUUAUGAGUGUAUUUGUACCCCAGGCUUUACUAGUGUUAACUGUGAAGGUAACAUUGAUGAAUGUAGCAGUAAUCCAUGUACCCUUGAUCACACGUGCGUCGAUGAGGUGAAUGGAUACACAUGCCAAUGCAGUCCUGGGUUUACAGGAACACACUGUGAGCUUGACGUUGAUGAGUGUGAAAGUACACCCUGUAACAAUAACGCCACUUGCACUAAUGGUAUUAACAUGUUUCAGUGUCAGUGUCAGUCUGGAUUUGAAGGUGCCCUAUGCGAUGUAAACAUCAAUGAAUGUAUGAGUAAUCCAUGUCAGAAUGAUCAUACUUGUGUUGAUGGAGAUAAUGGUUACACCUGUCAUUGUGCAGCAGGCUAUACAGGUACUCACUGUGAAAUCAAUAUUGAUGAAUGUACAAGUGGUCCAUGCCUAAAUAAUGGAUCAUGUGAGGACCUCGUCAACAGCUUUAUCUGCCACUGCGCAUCGGGUUAUGAAGGAGAACUGUGUGCCGAAAACAUAAACGAAUGUCAGAGCAAUCCGUGCUUAAACAAUGGAACAUGCGAGGAUGUGAUCGCGGGCUUCACAUGCCAUUGUUCUGAUGGAUUUGAUGGUGAAUUCUGCCAGUUUGACAUAGACGAAUGCCAGAGCCAGCCCUGCUUAAACCAGGGUUCUUGUGUUGAUGGGGUAAGCAGCUACAGAUGCAUAUGCAAAGAUGGGUUUACAGGCAAUACGUGUGACGGCAACAUAGACGACUGUCUUGAAUCUUCAUGUUUGAACAAUGGAACAUGCAUCGAUGGAAUAAAUUCCUUUACAUGUAGAUGUCCUCCCGGAUUUGAGGGGUCUCUUUGUGAGAUUAACGUAAAUGAAUGCGAAAGUCGACCGUGCCUCAAUAACGGAAGUUGUAUGGAUGGUGUGAACAGUUUCCAAUGUGACUGUGAGCCGGGAUACGGCGGUGAUCUCUGUCAGACCAAUGUCAAUGAAUGCAGCAGUAAUCCAUGCCAAAAUGGUGCCUACUGUAUCGAUGGCAUCGAUGGAUUCAUAUGUUCCUGCCCCGAUGGUUACUUUGGAUUGACAUGUGAAGUUGACCAUGACGAAUGUGCCAGUGCACCAUGUCUUCAUGGUGGUUCUUGUAUUGAUAUCGUGAACGGAUUUUACUGUCGAUGUACACAGGGUUUCGGGGGUAUGGUGUGUGAGGUGAACCUUGAUGAAUGCAGCAGUACACCUUGCACGAACGACGGGACAUGCGAGGACAUGGUGGCAGGCUUCACGUGUCAUUGCCCAGAGGGAUUCGAUGGAGACUUUUGUGAAAUGAACAUCGACGAAUGUGUCAGUCUUCCUUGUUUGAACAACGCAACUUGCGUCGAUGGAAUAUUAUCGUAUUCAUGUGACUGUCCCGCUGGAUACACGGGGAGCCUAUGUUCUGAACAGGUGACACUUCCCCCGGUACCGCUAUGUGCCCAGGAGUUUUGCCAGAACGGGGCUACAUGCAUCCAGCGAGAUAGCCAAGAACGAUGUAUUUGUGCGCCUGGUUUCACUGGUCCUCGUUGUCAGGAUGUAUUGAGCGGACCGUGCUUCCCAUCGCCAUGUUUGAAUGGUAUCUGUGUUCUUGGAGACGCCAAUACCACAGAGUCACGCAGAUGCAUCUGCAGUGAUAACUUCCUCGGGGACUUGUGUGAUGUUGAUCCGACGAGGGACAUCUAUUCCAUCACGUUGGCUGAUCACGUCAAGCCAUCUGCUGAUCUCCAAGCACACAUCUCAGAGCUUCUCACAUCGACCCUGGACAUACGAGAUCCCGAGAGCCUUCAGAUUGUCUUCCAGAAAGCCCAGUACGGGGAAUCACAAUUGACCAGUCUUGCCUAUACCACCAUCGACUUUUUCGUACGCGCAGAUGAGGCUGUGUUGACUGAAUCUCAACUAACUUCUGCAAUUCAUUCCCGCUCAAACCAAAAGAUUGAUGCCAUACUCAAGCCCUACAGACUAUUUAUAGAAACUCCACAGGCACACAUAACAUCAAAUGGAAAUAAGCAAUGGAUGUCAAAGAACUGGUUUAUCUUCUGUAUCAUCGGGCUACUCAUUCUAAUAGCUUUGGUCUUAUUUGCAUAUAUUUACAGGAAAAGGAGAAAACAAUCGGAAGCUUAUUUGCAUGCAGAGUUAGAACGAGAAGUCACACGGUUCAUCAACCCAGCGUUCGGUUCACCUCCAACGAACGGCCAGCUGAGAUUAGAGGGCGCUGUACCGGUAAAGGAAGAUGUACCUUCGUGGGAGGCCAACUUUUCCAACUCGACCAUGGGUACAUUCAAAGGUCCAGCUGAAUCAGAUUCGGAACUAUGAUGGAACUGAAUCAAUAUGCAGAAGUUUUUCCAGACGUGCAUGUGUCUCUGUAUCCAACAUUUCUGGAUACAGCACAAGUGCUUGAAAUUAAACUACAGAAAAUAGGAUUUGGGGCUAGCUAUCCCCUUGGGUGGACUAUGACCUGCUGUCAACAAUUAGUUUCGGAUGGAAGUUUACCAUCUGAAGUAAUAUGACAAUUAACUUUCUUUUUCUGAACAUGAAAAAUGAUUGGAAUAAGCUAGUAUUUGUGACAUUAAGCCCAGGGGCAGUAAUGAUGCCCUUAGGCCUCAAGAAUGGCUUUACAUAAUUAGCAGGGGGGGGGGGGGAGGAUGAUUAUUGAGACAAGUCCAACCAAUUGCAGUAUCCGGUAUUAUAUCAACCGUUUAUUUAUUUAUUAUUUAUUAUUUAUUCGGCAAUUCACAAAAAAUAUAACAAUGUAAAUAUAAGUAAACAAACAUUAAGAGAAUGUCAAUUAUAAAUGCACAAUCUUCCUGAUGGUCCUCUGAGUGCAUCAGUUGGCUGCCGGGGAAGAGGAAAGCAAACUAAAUCACUGUAACCGUAAUGGUCCCUCUUACCGACCAACUGGUGCACCAAGAAGACCUGCACAAUAUAGCAUGAAGGUAAUUAAAAUGUAUAACAUUUCAUUAAAAAACCAGCUGACAAAAACAAAGCACAAGGAGGAAAUCAUAUUAAUAUAUAUGAUGACACUGGGUCAUGACACGAUACUCGUUAUUCGAUAAGGUAAUUGUUGUCUUUGCCUAAUUGUCAACUGAAGUAGGAAACAGAGAUAACAAAGAUCCAAUUAGAAAGAUAAAUUCAUUUCCUUUAAAUCUUUCACUGUUUUCGAACUUAAUUAUGAAGGUGGAUAGUGUCACAUUGACCACUGUUAUUUUCAAUCCGCAACGUUGAUACGGUGCUGUACAAUAAAGCAUCAGCAGGAUUUAGGCAAUGACAAUAAGAAAGGAUUGUUAUUAUCAGUAAACGAAAAUUAUGUAGAUGGUUUUUAUAUUCAUGCAUAUAAGACACAAGUCAUUUCCUGGUUUAUUUCCUCACAUGAUCAAUCAAUGUGUUACUAUGUUUGUGGUCUGUUUAUUCAACAAGAAUGAUGACUAAAAAUGUGGCAUUUUCUUGUCAUAUUUGUAUUCUUUCUUUUCAGUGUUUGUGAGUAGGUAAAAUAAAAUGUUUACGUGCGUACUAUACGAUCUGGUGUAGAAGUUGUAAACGUGUUGACAAACUAGGGUAUGAAGUUGUUAUGUUUGAAUUGCUUUAUAACAUUCAAUUUGCUUUAUUUGUCUAAAAACUCGUUACAAUACAUUCUGUUUCAAAGUUCACAAACUUAUGAUUGUAUUGCGCAUCAAUAGACGGUGGGGAAUUUUUCACCGCGAGCACCUUUUCUGAUCCUUUAUGAUCAGUUUUCUUGAACAAAAAGGCUAUUUAUGACUCACAAGCGCACCAAGUGUCAUAAUAACCCGGAGCUAUUUAGAAUUUGUGGGAGCCCAGCGUUUUAAAAAGGUUAAUAUUCAACAGCCUCUAAUUUGCCUCUAUAAAAAUCAUUUUCAUCUUACCCCUGUCUCAAUCAUAGUUCAUGCUCCCCCUCUCUCCUCUCUCCCCUCUGUCUCCCUUCUCCCUCUCUCCUUCUCUCUCUCUCUCUCUCUCUCUCUCUCUCUCUCUCUCUAUAUAUAUCUAUCUCAUGUUCCUUUAUUUUUCUCUAUCUAUAUUUCGUCUUCUCUUCAUCCAUCAUUCUCAAUUUAUGUUGCUUUCUCUAUACUUAUAGCGUGGUUGUAUACAUUGCAUUAGAAAUUGACAAUUUCAAUCAGUAAAUCGAUAAAGCAUUGUUUAAUAAGAACUUGUUGAUGGUAAUGAUAUACUGUAGUUCAUAUUGAAAAAGAAUAUUCCGAAUGAAUCUUUUUAUCGCUAUGGAAAUUUUUAAAUUUAAUUCAUAGCUUUAGUUGUAAUGAACAAAAAAAAGGAAGGAUGACAAACUUGUCGCAAUAAGUGUUCUUUUUCUAGAAAAUUCUUGUGAUUUAAUGUCAUCAUAAAAUAGAUCUAUUGCACUGAUUAACUAUUACGUGUGAAUGACGUGCCUUGAAUCUAAUCAUUGAUUGUAAUACAUGUAAAUAACAUUUUAAACUGUG